AUGGAUCUUGACUGGUGUUUAACAUGUGAAAAGAAAACUCAGGGUCCACUAUAUUGUAGUGAAGAAUGUCGUUUUAAAGAUCAUCUUUUAGCUUAUAGUUUUCUCACUCCACCAGAUUCACCAACAUUGUCAACAUCAAAUUCAUCGAUGUCAUCAGAUUCUUCCUCAAUCAAUGAUAACCAUCAUGAUAAUGAUACUAUUAUAAAUAAUUUAAUUUAUUAUUAUUCAUUUUAUAGAAAAAAUAAUUUUAAAAAUCAAUUAUUAUUAUUAAAUCAACAACAACAUUACAAUAAUAAUUUUCAACAAAAAAAAUCGUUCAAUAAUUUAUCAAUGAAUUUAUUUAAUAACGAAAACAUCAAUAAUAACAACUCAAAAAAUAAAUAG